GUCCGGGAUUUGGUAUCCAGCUUCACUUCAGUCCUGAAGGGGAAGAAGAACAAGAGAGAGAGAGAGAGAGAGAGAUAGACUUCUUUUUUCCUUUCUUUCCGCGUGUGGCAUCCGUCCGUUUUAUUAGGGACACACAUUAAUCUAUAAUCAAAUGCACCUCAUAAAAUUUUUAUUGAAAGGCAUAAAAUCAUUGCGGAGAGGUCUUCCACCUGUUUUAAAACAACACAACGGGCAGCUCUCUCUCUCUCGCUCUCUCUCUCUCUGCUUGGCUCUUUUUCAAUCACUCCAUACUGAUCGAUGUCAUUUUCUUUGUCAAAAAAAAAAAAAGAAAGGAAAAGUGAAACCGAUCUUGAAAGACUGGCGGCUCCCCGCAUUGUGGUGCAUUCUCGUUUUAUUUCUUUCUUUUACUGUAACAUUCUCCCGUUUUACGAGGAGUCGUUAUACACUUCCAGGCUUUUCCCUUCCAUCCAUCCAUUCAUUCAUUCAUUCAUAUUUUUUUUUGGCAGUGUUUGUUUUUACAGGCGAGGAUCUCCCCAGCUCUUGCCUUUCUCCCUCCCUCUGCGUGGGGGCGGGGAGCCAGCUCGCCCUGCCAAGCACAGGCGAGCCCGCGUGAACAACUUCUGCGCUGGGGGCCGAUUGCAGAAAAUGAAUGGCAGAACCCACGCCAAGGGGGUGAAGAAAUAGUCCCCCCCCCCCACUUGCUGCCGCCGCGGCUGCUGCUGGGGCCACGCCCGCCCGGAGUCCUGUGCCGGGUGGAAGUAUCCCGGGUUAGAAGAGAAGAAGCGGUGGGUCUUGAUUUGCCCCCCCCCCUCUUUUAAUGGCGCGGGGGGGGGUAGGGGGUGGGCGUCUUCCCUUAUUGUUGAUGAGGAUUUCUUUAAAAAAAAUAAUCGCAGCGCCCUCCCCCUCCCCCCCACCGCACCAUUUAGCGGAUUGAUUUACUCCGAGUAUUGGUAAAUAUGAUCACGUGGGCGGCGGGACCAAUGGCUGCUGCGGGCAGCCCGCAAAAUCCCGGGAUCGUUCGGCGGGCCCGGCGAUCCUCCACGCCGCGCGGAGUCAGGGAUCUCGCCUGCCUGGCCCCCCCAUGCCCUGCCACGCCGGCCGCAGCCUGCCCUCCUCCUCCUCCUCCUCCUCCUCCACCAUGUCUUCCAGCGGCGCCCUCAGCAACUACUACGUGGAUUCCCUGAUAGGCCACGAGAGCGAGGAAGCCUACGGGGGAGGCGGCGGCGGCGGCGGCGGCGGCGGCGGGGGGAGCGGCCGGUUUUUGCAGGGGGGCCACCAUGCGACCCCCCGGCCGGCCUCCGCGGUGGCCGAGGGCUCGGAUUUCGCCUCCUGCAGCUUCGCGCCCAAGUCCGCCGCCGUCUUCUCCGCCUCCUGGUCCGCCGUCCACCCCCAGCCGUCGGCGGCCAUCCCGGGCAUCUACCACCCCUACAUGCCCCAGCCCCACCUGGGGGGCCCCGGCGACGGCGGCGGCGGCGGCGGCAGAUACGUGCGCUCCUGGAUCGAGCCCUUCUCCCCUUUCCCCAGCAGCCCCAGCCACGGCGGGCACCACGGCGGGGCACCCCCGGGGGCCAGCUCCUCGACCGGCGGGCGCCACUACGGGAUCGUCAAGCCGGAGACGGGCGCAGGAAACGCCGCCGUAGCCGCCGCCGCCUCCGCGGCCCCCUUGGCCUCCAACGCCGCCGCCGUCUCCUCCUCUUCCUCCUCUUCCUCUUCUCCUUCCAAAAGGACUGAGGGCGCCCGGGCGAGGGAGCCCCCGGUGGUCGCUACCGGCCCCGGGCCCGAGUACACGUGCAGUCCCUUCCUGGCAGAAACCCGAGAGAAGCCCGCAGGGGCGGCCGGGGUGGCGGCGGCGGGGGGCAACGGACCCCAGCCCGUCCCCAGCACCCCCGCCGCCGUCGCCUCCUCCUCCUCCUCCUCUUCCUCCAGCAAGGCCGCCUCCGGUUGCAGCCGCCAUCCCAGCCCGAGCAGCGAUCUGAAGGAAGAGCAGCCGCACCAACUUGACCCAAAUAACCCCGCCGCAAACUGGAUCCACGCCCGGUCCACGCGGAAAAAACGGUGCCCUUACACCAAAUUCCAAACCCUGGAACUGGAGAAAGAAUUCCUCUUUAACAUGUACCUCACCAGGGACCGCCGGUACGAAGUGGCCCGGAUUUUAAACCUGACCGAGAGGCAGGUCAAAAUAUGGUUUCAGAACCGGCGCAUGAAGAUGAAAAAGAUGAACAAAGAGAAAAGCGCUAAAGGGGACUAGCUGGUUUGGCUGUUUGGUGGUUGGUCUGUUUGUACGGAAUGUGUGUGGUGGGGUGUGUGUGUGUGUGUGUGUGUGUGUGUGUGUGUGUGUGUGUGUGUGUGUGUGUGUGAGUGAGUGAAUGCACUGGGGUUUCUCUCAUCGCGCGCACAUACGGCUAUCGAUAAUGAUUACUGUUAAUAUUAUUCUAUUUCCCCAGGUGCGUUGAGUCCGAACUUUAAAUGCUCGGGUUGUUGUUGUUGUUAUUAUUAUUAUUGUAUGGUAGCAGUGAAUGUGGUCCGUGUCAGGUAUUUUUUUUGGGAGAGGAAAGGGGGAGAGAGAGAGGUGUCUGCCUUGCUGGAGAAUGUAUUUUGAAGGGUUAUUCCAUGCCUCCCCAACUUCCUGUUUGGUUGCAAAAUAUGGUGGGUGCACGCUCCAGGGUUUUUUUUUUUUAAUCUAAAUAUUCAGUGUGGGACAUGUUUCUUCUAGGAGACCUAAUCUAGAACAAGCGAGCAAAGGGGUCUCCCCCCACCCUCUAAAAAACUAUUAAAGGCAAAGGCGACGACAAAGACAUUUAAUACUGACUCUAAUCCGGAUUCCUUUCACGGCAAUAGCGCUGUGAUCCAGGAUUCCUGAAAAGGAAAAAAAAGGAGUUGUUUCCUUCGGUAUAUUUUGUUUGCAAAGGACAAGGGGGGGACGUAAGAGGCAACCCCCCCUCCCUUCUUCGCGGCUACCUGAAGCAGGCCCCGAGCACCGCUUGCGACUACUGGCCCUUUUGGGGGCCCGCCCGUCCCGUCUCGCCAUCCCUGCGAUUCUACCUAAGGACAUUUCUGUUUUUGUAACGGUUAUAAUAAAAAUGGAUCGAAUCAA